AUGCGUCUCGCUAACAAUGAUAUGAGCACAUUCAACAUCUAUAAAACCUUGUGCAUUUGCAGUUUGAUUCACUUUUCUGUCUGUUUUCUUAAAAUAGCGAAUUUGCCGCAAAUCCGAAAACUUCUCGAAAGUAAUCCAAAUGUUUCAAACAGCUUCAAUAACAACGCUAUUGACAAUAAAAAAGCUUAUUUAUUUUCCAAUUGUUCUGUUAACAUUUCACAAGUGGCUGAAUUGAAUCUCGAUUCUCUCGACUUAUCAUUAGACGAAUAUGAAUCACUUGUUUUGAAAAUGAUUGCCGGCCAUCAAGCGGAGAUCAAAAAAUUGCAAAAAAAGUUGGCGGACGUCCGGACGAAUACGAGUUUCAAAUCGCUCGCACUUUGA